ACAGCGUGUAGGUCCACACGCGCCUUAGAACCGCGCUGUACCGCCUGUUGGUUAGAUCAGCCGAGCUCCUGCCUGUACUGUCGUGUCUACAUACUACCAGUUUCUUAAAGGCCGACGGGCACAAACUGGAAAUUUACAACGGAACUGGAGUUGCAGUUCUUGUGUUGAUGCGAAAACCCCAAAGGGACAAAUAGACUUUGAAGACUGUUAUCAAGACCCAAAAGUUGGUCAACACGGGUUUACCUACCCUGAGGCGCCUGGACGUGGGAACAAAUCGAUAGUCUUCAGUCUGUGGUUGUUUUGUAUUGGACAUACACGAAAAGAAAGCUUUACCUCGUCGGCGAUGUAGCCCCGUGAUGUGUAUCAUUAUGUUAUUGGACUCCCUGUAUGGAUUUUUCUGCUCAGUUACUCCGGGCCGGACGACCGAGUCGGAUUAAUACAAUCGUAGGAUCAGAGACAAUUACGACGGGAGCGUCUUCAGGAGGUGACCUUGUUCAGAACUCUACAUGGCCAUGUUUGAGGGUGUACAUAGACAAUGCCUGGCGGUAGGCAUCGGACUCGUCAAUCUCCUAGCAUGGAUAGUGCAUGGUCAAGGCGUCUCGGAGACCAUUAGAGUUGGAGGACUCUUUGAACCCGAAAAUGAAGGCCAGGCCUUAGCGUUUAAAUACGCCAUCGAGAAGCUGAAUGUCAACAACAACAUCCUGCCACAGACGUUAGUCAUUUACGAUGUCCAAGAAGUGCUUACGCACGACAGCUUCCACGCUUCAAAGAAAGUGUGUAAACAGCUCAAGGAAGGGGUCGCCGCCAUAUUUGGACCCAUGUCAAGUUUGUCUGCUGCGCAUGUGCAGUCCGUGUGCGACGCGAUGGAAAUACCCCACGUGCAAACCCGAUGGGAUCCGAAUGACAUUCGAGACUAUUAUUCAAUGAACUUAUACCCACACUAUACAACACUAAGCAAAGCCUAUUUGGACUUAAUAACGUACUGGAAGUGGGAGCGAUUCACCAUUUUGUAUGAGGAUAACGAUGGUCUCAUUCGAUUACAAGAGCUGUUUAGAGCUUCCCAGAAGAGCAGUCUUAAGAUCACCGUGCGUAAGUUAGAAGCGGUGAACGGAAACUACAUUCCAAUCCUGAAGAGUCUGCGGGAUAAAGGCGAAUCCAGAAUCGUCGUGGAUUGUCAUGUAUCAAAGGUUUUUCAGGUGUUAAAACAGGCUUUACAAGUUGAGAUGAUGUCUCAGUACUUUCAUUAUUUUUUCACGACUUUAGACUUGGGUCUAAUAGAUUUGGAAGAUUUCAAACAUGGCGGCGCCAACGUCACGGCGUUCAGAAUUGUUGACCCAAUGAAUCCCAAAGUACGUGACGCGAUUAGCGACUGGGCAUUGGAGGAAAUGAGAACGGGAAAAUCCGCACUUAUGAGGCAACGAGAGAUGCAGAUUCUCAACAUAACUCUUAAGGGUAAUUUCACGACGGAGACAGCCCUGAUUAACGACGCAGUACUGGUUUUUGCCAAGGCCCUGAACGAACUGGCCAGAGCUCAGGAUGUAAAAACGGAAGGACUGUCUUGCUCCAGGAGCGACUCUUGGAAGAAUGGAAACAGUCUGUUAAACUAUAUGAAACUGAUGGAAUUUGAUGGAUUGUCAGGUCCCGUUCGCUUUGAUCAAGAGUCUGGACUCAGAACAGACUUCAGUCUCGACAUAAUCAUGCUUGACAAGAAGGGACUGCAAAAGAUUGGGAAUUGGACUCCAAAGGCGGGUGUUAAUAUAACACUAAACCGGGACAAAUAUUGGGAAGAAGUUAGAACCGAUCUGGCGAACAAAACACUUAUUGUGACCAGUGUUCUGGAAAAUCCUUACACUAUGGAGAAAGUGUCUGAUCCUGGGCACAAUUUAACAGGAAAUGACCGCUAUGAAGGCUUCGCCGUGGAUUUACUAAAGGAAGUGGCCAAACACCUGAAUUUCACAUACACGAUUAGAAUACGUGAAGAUAAAAAGUUUGGCAACCCGGACGAUAUUACGGGUGAAUGGAAUGGUAUGGUCCGGGAACUAAUAGAUAAGAAAGCUGACCUUGCCGUGGCCGGAAUGACCAUUACCUACCGGCGUGAGAAAGUCAUCGACUUUACCAAGCCCUUCUUGAACCUGGGCAUCACCAUUCUGUACAAGAAACCCGAUAAACGGCCCCCGCAACUCUUCUCCUUCUUGUCGCCUCUGUCCAUCGAGGUGUGGGUGUACAUGUUAGCGGCGUACCUGUGCGUCAGCUUUAUGCUGUUUGUCCUGGCUCGCUUCAGCCCCUAUGAGUGGUACAACCCCCAUCCUUGUAACCCGGACGGCGAUGUGGUGGAGAAUCAAUUCAGCAUCCUGAACAGUCUGUGGUUCACCAUUGGUUCCCUCAUGCAGCAAGGUUCGGACAUUGCUCCCAGAGCUCUGUCUACUCGCCUUGUCAGCGGAAUAUGGUGGUUCUUCACUCUGAUCAUGAUAUCCUCCUACACGGCUAACCUUGCCGCCUUCCUGACCGUGGAGCGGAUGGUGUAUCCCAUAGAGAGUGCUGAUGACCUCUCCAAGCAGACAAAAAUCAAAUAUGGCACCCUGUGGUCUGGGUCUACUAAAACCUUCUUCCAGACAUCGGAGGUCCCAACCUUCGAGAAGAUGUGGAAGUUUAUGUCCACCACGAAGCCAUCUGUUUUUGUUAACUCAACCCAGGAAGGCGUGGACAGAGUUCUACAAGGAGAUUAUGCGUACUUAGCGGAAUCCACGACCAUUGACUACGAAGUGCAACGAAACUGUAGCUUAAUGAUUGUCGGGGGCUUGUUGGACUCGAAAGGUUACGGCAUUGCCACACCUAUUGGAUCUCCUUAUCGGGAUUUAAUUUCGGAAGCCAUCCUCAAACUCAAAGAAGAUGGGAAAAUCCAACAGAUGUACAAAAAAUGGUGGGAGACGAAAGCGGGUGGACAAUGUAUGUCAGAUGACAGCGCCAAAACCAAAGAUGCAAACGAACUGGGCGUGGCCAAUGUGGGCGGGGUCUUCGUUGUCCUUUUGGCGGGACUAGCGUUUGCGAUGCUUAUUGUGAUUUGUGAAUUUGUGUGGAAAGCAAAGAAAAAUGCUCGAGAGGAUAAGGUAAAUCAAUCCGUCUGUUCGGAAAUGUCGGAAGAGUUCCGCUUCGCUAUCCGCUGUAUGGGGAGUUCCACAAAGCCAGCACACAAACGAAAAGAAAGCGAAAACGGAGUGGUGGACAAUGGUUUGCAUCUAAUGCCCUUGACGGGAUAUACUUCUCCAAACCGGACGGCCGUACCCGGUAAAGAUGUGUACACCUGAAGCGAUGACGGCAAGCCUUCGAAGGUGUCUUUCAUCUGACAUUCAAUCACUGAAUAUCAUCAGUGUGCUAGCGGCGCCAGAGGCGUCUGGGCAUGUGGGCGCGUGGAGAUAUGCAUGAGAGAGUGACAGACAUUUCUCAUGUUGCUAAAGGAUGCAUCUUCUGCCGACAGCCUCGUUUUGGCCUCCGGAAGUUGACUGUGUUUUGCUUUUUUUUUUUUUUUACCACAGCUGUUAAUAAGGGGGUUCGUUUUAGAACUGUAAAUAGAGCGAAAGAUUUGAGGGCUGCACUUGAAAGAUUUUUUUAUACGAGUGCCUUAUAUGUUCAUUGUACAGAGGGAGAACGAGGAUUUUUUUAUAUAGCUUUUUAUUGACUGUUCAACGCAUUUGUAAAUACGCUAUACAGAAUAUCAUUAUCAACAUACUUGUAGGUAACUGUAAAAGCUGGCUCUCGAAGAUAACGAAAACUUUUGCUAACUGCUGAAGUAGAGAGUAACGGUGAAGGCUAUAAUCUCGAUUCACCUCCGAGUAAAUCUGGGUUUUACAGUGUACUGCUUUAACGUGUUUUCAGUGUCGCCUUGUACAAAGAACCUCUCCACAAUGUAUCUUGUCUUCCGUCAAAUUUUUGUGUUUCGUGUUCGUUUGUUUGACCUUGCCUCUGUAUAUAUAUAUAUAUUCACUCACCCAUCAUCGCGGUGUUAACAUGCUGCGGAUUAAUAAUAUAGAUUUCUAUGGAAAAAAACAAUAAUCAACGGAAAUUGUCUGGGCAUGGUAACAACUUUGGUAGUUCUAAGAAUAGUUUUCUUUCAUAUAUAGAAAGGAAUGGUAGUUGUAGAUGUAAACCAAUCAUUAUUGGUCCUGUACCAGAGUUUUUUUCCGUGUUACACGUGUAAUCUGUGGGCCUCUUUCUUCCCAACAAACAUCAGUUUCAUCCCAUCCGCAAGAUUACACAAGCUUUUUCCCCCGGACCUCUAUCCGUCACACCAACCCCUUUACCUUGUAACUCUUUGGACACAUGAAUUUUGCUUCAUCGACCAGAAUUCUUCAUAAUAUAUAGAAAAUGAAUUAUAACUGGGGUGUUUGGGAACCACUGAAGUAUUUCCGUAGGUAUACCUUUCAACAAGCUCCAGAAAGUGUUUUGCAAAAUAUUAAAUAUUUUUUUCUGGAGGAAUACGAUUGACAUUAUGCUUUAAUUUGAAAGAGUUUAUCCAGUUUUGUAAUUUUACGCAAAACCGUUCCUACCAGUGAGCUAUUUAUGACCAAUGUGGAGAGAAGCCUUUUUCAGAUGGUUUUUAAUCGACUGUUACAAAAGAUACCCGGCUUAAGCCUGGAUAAGCCAGUUUGGCCUUUUGAAAUAUUUGAUAUAAAGGCACUUUUGGUGGUCGAUGAUAGCUUUGCCUCUUCAUCUGUUUUGUUAGAAGUUGUUCGUUAAAAGAAAAAAAAAGCUUCAAAAACGCUUUUGCUCUACAAAAGCAGUUUGUGGGUUUGGUGAGAGUGUGAAAUUUAUUUAAUAAUAACUGUUUAUUGGGAUCACCAAGAAGAUCGCUGUGCGUAAGAAAAAGUGUUCAGUUCCAAACGAGUUGAUUUUCUAAAGAAAAAUGUUACCCCAUUGCAUGAAAAACGGCCAUUACAAAAUAGCUAUAGACGUUUUCUAUUUUUUAUGCUGUUUGGUUCCGUAUGCCAAACAAUUUGAUCUUCGCCAAGUCUUAUCCCUUAAAGAUAUUGCUAAUACGAUUGCCAUUUGCUUAAUAGGUUAACGAUGAGGAUCGGCCGUAGAAUUGUGAAGAUAUGUGGUAUUUUUUGUAAGAAAUGACAAGAAGUGACAACUGAGGCAAUAUUUGGGUAUUUGCAAUAAAGAGAAAUACAUGAAAAA